GCCUUUUGCUGCUGCAGCUCUAGCAGCUGCUGGCUCUGGCAAUGGUGGGCAAUUGCAGUUUGCUGGCGUCGCUGCUAGGUUGGGCUGCUGCGUUGUGGUUGGGCUGUGUAGUAGUGCAAGGGGAGGACUCAGCUGACAAGGCCUCUCAGCGCUCCAGUCCCCCCCUGGAGACCUGGGCUCCCCAGACCCCAGAGGCCAGGACCCCCCAGGAGCCUGGAUCCCCCCACCCGAAGGUGCUGGGCUUCUGCCUGGAGGAGGGAGCCUUGGCGAGUGGUAGCCUGAUUAAGGCUACCCCAGGGACUACCUUCCGCCUGCGCCUUUAUGGUACUGGCCUCAGCAACCUCAGCUGGCCCUGGGUGGCCUUCGUGCCACUGGGAAACUCCUGUGCAGUUGCUGAAGGGGGUCCUUCCUCCACACCCUCCCUUGCUGGUGCCCCUGAAUUGCUUUUGCACGAUAUCCUGCCCGUUGGGGAAUAUGCAGUGCUGGUGACAGUGAAGGUGGCCUCUGGGGGCACCCAGGGCCAGUAUCAUCUUUGUAGCCUGGCAGGGCCUGGGAACCAGUGGGCUGCAGCUGCCCCUGGGGAUGCUAUCUUGGUGACAGAAGAUGAAGGUGGGGGUGGGAGGGUGGCAGCUGUGGCCUUGCCCCCUCCCUUGGCACCCUGGCUUCUGGGGACCCUUGUGGCCUUACUGCUAGCUUUCUUGGCCUUGCUCCGGGCUUUGCAGCUCAGCACUUUGUGGCUGGAUCCAGUGGAACUGUACGUGCUGCGGGACUGUGGUUCAGAAUCUGAGCGAGAGGCUUCCAAAGUUCUGGAGACUGUCAGACAACGCGGGACGUUUGUCCUUUGCUCUCUGCUGCUCCUGAGCUCCUUAGCCAAUGCUGCCUUGGCAGUGCUUUUCUACAGAGCGGUGGGGAUGUUGGUGCCCGCUAUCCUAGGUGUGGCAGCUUUGGUCUUUCUUUUAGCUGAGGUGCUGCCUUUCACCAUCAGUUCGCGGUGGGGACUUUUGUUGGCCCCCCGUGGGCUCUGGCUCACCCAGCUCUUCAUGCUUCUCACCUUCCCCAUCUCACUACCACUCAGCAAGGUGCUGGAACUGGCUUUGCACCAUGACACCAGCACAUGCCUCCUGCGGGAGAAGAUCCUGGACAUGGUGCGCAACAGUGACCCGUACAAUGAGUUUGUGCGGGAGGAGUUCAGCAAGGGUGCCCUGCGCAACAAGACAGUUGAGGAUGUGCUGACGCCGUUGGAUGAGUGUUUCAUGCUGAAUGCAAAUGCUGUGCUGGACUUCAACAACAUGUCAGUGAUCAUGCAGAGCGGCUACACUCGCAUCCCUGUCUAUGAAGAUGAGCGCACCAACCUGGUGGACAUGCUUUACGUCAAGGACCUGACUAUGGUUGACCCUGAUGACUGCACCCCUCUCAGCACCAUCAUCAAGUUCUACAACCACCCGCUUCACUUUGUCUUCAAUGACACUAAGCUGGAUGCUGUGCUGGAGGAGUUCAAGCGAGGUAAAUCACACAUGGCCAUUGUUCAAAAGGUGAACAAUGAAGGUGAAGGAGACCCCUUCUAUGAAGUCAUGGGUUUGGUGACAUUGGAAGAUGUCAUUGAGGAGAUCAUAAAAUCGGAGAUCAUGGAUGAGUCAGAUGACUACAGGGAGAACAAAAUGAAGAAAAAGCCUCCCCCUCUUGGGACCUUGGUGGACCGCAGGAAAGAAGAUUUCUCCUUGUUCAAAGUGUCUGACAAUGAGUACAAGGUGAAAAUCUCCCCACAGCUACUGCUGGCUACACAGCGCUUCUUAUCUAGAGAGGUGGACCUCUUCAGUCCAGCCCGAAUCUCUGAAAAGGUCCUCUUGCACCUGCUGAAACACCCAAGUGUCAACCAAGACGUGAAAUUUGAUGAAAGCAACCGCCUGGCCCCUGAGCACUACCUGUACCAGCGCAAUCAACCGGUCAAUUAUUUCAUCCUUAUCUUGCAGGGCAGGGUUGAAGUCGAGAUUGGAAAGGAGGGACUGAAGUUUGAAAAUGGAGCCUUCACGUAUUAUGGUGUCUCUGCACUGACAGCUCCAUCCUCAGUUCACCAGUCCCCAGUGUCUACCCUCAGGAUGAAUCGUCGUGAUCAGCAACUGGAUGGUGGGGAGAGCAGUAACUACUCCAUGUACUGUCCUGACUACACUGUCAGAGCUCUCACUGACCUGCAGUUCAUCAAGGUCACUCGGCUACAGUAUCUGAACGCCCUCAUGGCCUCCCGGAUACAAAACUCACCCCAGUCACCUGAUGCCAUUGAACUGAAAAUCGUUCCCAGCAGCCAGACAAAACUUCUGAAUGACAAAAAUGCUGCAGCAGCCUUCCCGCUAAACCUCUCUCUCUUUGGCACAAUUGAGAACUGCAUUUAAUACUGGCCUCUCUGCCAGGGUCUGGAGUGGGUUUUUAUUUUCAAAAUCACAA